AUGGAUGAGGAUUACUCCUCUGAUUUCCCAGUUCCAAACGCUUCCCCGGCUGCGCCGUCCUCUACUGAGGCGGUGAGCAUGGAUCUUGACUUGAUCGUUGAGGCUCCGGCUGCUCCUACCAUCCUGGCCCCUGCUCCAAUCUCUUCUCCUCGUGUGGUUCCAGCUUUUCGCAUCCGAGGUGCUGCCAACGCGGCACCCCACUCAUCCCCUACUCCAUUGGUUCCUGUGAACCAAAACGGAGGAGGUGCUCGCGCUCGAGGCCGCGCCAGAAACCGUGGUCAGGCGCGCGGCCGAGGUUUGGAUCCAGUUCGGGUUCGUGGUCGUGGUCGUGGCUUUGUUCCGGCUCCACUUUGUGGUCGAGGUCAUCCUUCAGGUAGCAAUAGGCUUCCUACUGGACCGGUUAUCUCGAACCGAGCUGUGGUUGGGAGAGGCGCUACCCCUCCUCCAGCUCCCCGAGGAAGUAGGCUUCCUACCCCGCAACUCAGUCCCGGUGGUCCAUUCAAUCGUCACGGUUCCUUGACUUCAGCUGACAACAGCUGGGUGGAGCCUCACGUGCGCACACGCACCCGAGUGCCUUCCCCAGCUCCGUUUGGCUUCUACGACGUUGAUGACUACCAUCGAUUGGCGCCCCAUCAAGUGGCCGCUCUCCUCGAUCGCCGUCCUGACUUUGGCCGGUACGAUCAACAUCAGUUCGCACCUCAGCUUUACACGGCCUUCUAUCAAGAUGUGGCCUCCGCUCUCGUUGGUCAUUUCACUCGCCACCCCGCCGCCAAUACUUUCGAGCGCGAAGGUCGAGUUGCGCUUUUCAGGUUUGUCGGCCGCCGCUACAGAUCCGCCCUACGUCGUGUGCCUACUUAG